UCAACGGAGAGGAGAAUGUGACAGGGCAGUUGACGUUAACGUUCUAGAACUUCUGGAGUUAAUGGCAAAGGGUGCAUGAGCAGUUCGUGGAUAUAAGGACUGGAAGUCUGACAGGAUUUCAUGGAGCUAACUCAGUGGGCUACUCAGUGGAUAACAAGGGGUCGUUCUACCUUUCACAGAGCCGGUAAGCGCCCCAGUUUGUGUCGCUGCAAAACAUUUAGAGUGGCUGUUCUGAGAACAUCAUGCUCGUGGGUGUGUUUCACCGCUCUCGUCUGUGCGUUCUUCUUCCUCCUUGGAGUGUGUUUUCUCAAUCUCUUUGACCCACGACUCCAACCCCUUCCUCUCGCUGGAGUCGAACCCAGAGAUGUCACCCUUCUGUUGUGGACUCACCCCUUCGGCCGUUACCGCAGACUGCCGGACUGUGAGGCGCGCUUUGGGAUACGUGGGUGCGUACUGACCGACGACCGGCGCAUGUACCCUGGGGCUGACGCCAUCAUCGUGCACCACCGUGAGAUAGUGACCAACGCCACGGCGCUCCCGUCAGACCCACGACCCCGUGGCCAGAAGUGGAUCUGGAUGAAUUUCGAGUCCCCGUCUCACACUGGUGGCCUGCGGCGGUUUGAGGGCUUGUUCAACCUCACCAUGACCUACCGUGCAGAUUCAGACAUCUUCCUCCCCUACGGAUACCUUGUGACCCGCCUUCACCCUCACGCCAACGCCCCGCCACACACACGCCCCCGACGGUCCCACCUACUGGCCUGGGUCAUCAGUAACUGGUCGGAGUCGCAGGCCCGCGUGACGUAUUACCGUCGGCUGGUUAACUACGUUGACGUAGAUGUGUUUGGGCGUGCAGGUGUGCCACUGCCAGAGGACAGCACUGUGGUGCGCACGGUGAGGCGUUACCUGUUUUAUCUGGCGUUGGAGAACUCGCAGCACACCGACUACAUCACCGAGAAGCUCUGGAACUCCUUACUGGCCGGGGCUGUUCCUGUAGUUCUCGGGCCGCCGCGGGAAAACUACGAACGCUUCCUCCCCCAUGAUGCCUUCAUUCAUGUGGACGACUUCCCCUCUCCCCGCCUGCUCGCCCAAUACCUGAUGCUGCUGCGCCGGAGCCCCGCCCUCCUGCAGAGACACCUGGCCUGGAGGAGGAGAUACAGCGUGCACCUGACCGCCUUCUGGGCGGAGCAUUACUGCACAGCGUGUCGCGUCGUGCGGAACCACAGACUCCGGACUGACACCAUCACCAACCUUCAGCGCUGGUUUGAGUCCUGACCUCAGUGCGGAACCACAGUCUCCGGACUGACACCAUCACCAACCUUCAGCACUGGUUUGAGUCCUGACCUCAGUGCGGAACCACAGACUCUCGACUGACACCAUCACCAACCUUCAGCACUGGUUUGAGUCCUGACCUCAGUGCGGAACCACAGUCUCCGGACUGACACCAUCACCAACCUUCAGCACUGGUUUGAGUCCUGACCUCAGUGCGGAACCACAGACUCUCCACUGACACCAUCACCAACCUUCAGCGCUGGCUUGAGUCCUGACCUCAGUGCGGAACCACAGACUCUCCACUGACAC